UUUUAAAUCUGCGUGACGUCACCACCCUACAAUUGAUAUGGAUAUAUAUGAUCAGUCCUUCUCCUCUGCAUCUCAUAUGAGGAGGUCACUUCAUCAACUCAAACAUGUCCAACAACCUGCUUUACCUUCUGCUUUUACUGGCCUUCGCAAGAGUGAACGGUCAGAAUAUGGAGUCCAUUUCUUCUCAAUCAGUGGUAAAGCCUGGAGAAACUCUGAGUCUUUCCUGUAGAGGAUCAGGAUUUACUUUUGGAAGCUACGACAUGCACUGGGUCAGACAGCAACCUGGGAAAGCACUGGUUUGGAUGGGCCGUGUCUGGGCUGCUGGAAAUGGACAUGACUAUGCCAAAAGUUUUGAGGGACGAAUAGAAAUUACUAGAGACAAUUCAAAAAGCAUGGUGUAUCUGAAACUGUCUAGACUGACAGAAGAGGACUCAGCUGUGUAUUUCUGUGCAAGACAAGCACAGUGACAUGAACCUACGUGCAAAUAAUACUAAAACUGUCAAAACACACAUAUGGUGUAAAACUGCAGUUAUCAUUUGUGUCAGUAGGUUGCAGUAGAAUCCAACUAAAGUCAACAAGAAAAGUGACUCACAAUCACAUAUUUUCUUUUAAACACCUUCUCAGACAUUCUAUCUACAUAAUGAUACAUAUUUAUGGUUAUUUAAAGCAUUUAACUAGAUU